GGACCCGCCUUAGUCAUUGGCAAGAAGAGAAAGAAGUACAACAGGGACUUGUAUGUCAGUAACUGAGAGUCUGCAUGUGAGGGAGUUCGAGCAGGUCAGAAGAUAUGCAACAGCCACUCGCUGUAAGUUAGUGAGGGUUUAAGGUUGCGUUAUUUGUACGGCCAGAGACCAGCUAAAGCAAAGCUUGGGAAAAUGAAUGCAUUUGGUAUCCUUGGAUUGUGGCUUGUGAAAUUGUUGUGUUUUUCGGGACCUGCUUCAGCUCAACUUCCGUCCAGGUAAAAAGGGCUUUACUAUUAUCUUGGAGGAGAAAAAUUAGUAUUGUCUUGGUUGUAUGUAAUGAUCAAAAGUAUAUAGGUCUCUUACAUAAUUAUCCCUGUAAGAGUACAUUGAUAUCAAUAUUAUAUGAUAAAUGACAGUAUUAUACUGUAAUUAAUAAUGAUACGUCUCUAAAGCAUGUCAUUUUUUUGAGGAGAUGUAUUGUGUAGCUAUCUCCUCACCGAGUGUGCAACAAAUUCUUAACCAUGUCUUGCAUCUCAAAUCUCUAUCCCACCACCACAACCACCAGCAGCACUCUGACGUCGACACUAAUCUCCUCUAGCCAGAAGCCCCUGUAUCUGCUCUCGUUUUCACAUCAACUGUACACGUCCAGAGCCACUAAUCUAUCUGUCACCAUCCUCACCGAGUCCUCUGUCGACGUGUUGGCCCGUCUAACACAGGGAAAAGCUUACCUGUCCAGUGCAUCCGUCACCAUCCCUGGAGGUUGGUUGUUUUAUGUAGCCUUUCGUUUUGUAAUCUUGGGAAUGGUCGUCUAUUGUGAUUGUGAGUUUUGGUUUGUUUGUGUUUUAUAGGUUUGACUAGAAUUAUUACCCUUCCUCCACUGGAGGGAGACUCUCUCAGCCCCAGCGGCCAGGUGAGGCUGACGCUUAGCGGCUAUCAGGAAGAGCAGCUGAUCUUCUCCAACUCCACCUGGCUGACCUUCAGCCGUAGGAACUUCUCCAGCUCCGUCCAGACGGACAGAGCGUUCUACGGCCCCGGGCAGAAGGUGCUGCUCUGGAUCGCGGCCCUGCAACUGGACAACCGGCCCUACAGAGGACCCAUGGAGAUCAGUGUCUUGGAUCCCGGAGGGAACAUCAACCAAAGGUGGUACUCCCAGGGAAGUUAUCUGGGAAUUGUCUCCCAGGAAUUCUAUCUGUCUCCGAGCCCAGCCAUCGGACAGUGGGCCGUCGUGACCACAAUAAAUGGCCUUACCGACGAGAAGGUAUUCAUGGUGGAAAACCCGGUUGCAGACCCUUCGAUGUUUAACCUGAAGCUUGAGACGGCACCAGAGAUUCUGGCGGGAGAGGGCAUCUCAGGCACUGUGAGAACUAAGUGGGUUCAUUCUGCUAUGAUAUAUGCAACUUUAUCGGUGAAUGUCACCCGUAUUUCCGCUGCAACAGCUCCUGUUCAACUAUUCCUCAGCUAUAAAGGGUUCUAUGUAGAAGAGCAGUUCUUCUUCAGCAAAGUUGCGCUUGCCAGCCUUUAUGAGCCCGGUGACGAAGACAUCACACUGAACAUUACUGCCUCUGUCACUGAAAGCUCUACAGGAUUCACAGAGAAAAGAGUGGUUGCAGUGCGGGUACUGCAAAACGCAUUCAAACUCCAAUUCCGGGAUUUUCCCCAAGUGCUGAAGCCCUCUUUAAGCUUCUUUGCCAAACUCGAAAUCUCAAUGUUUGACGGCAUGCCUCUCGCCCCGCAAGCCCUGCUGAACUCUGCGUCUGUCGUGGUCGUGCAGAAAACCUCCCACGCUGAAGACCAAACAGAAUCCACCACUCUUCCAGUGGUCGAAGGAGGAGUUGUCCUGAUACGGUUUACCUUGCAAGCUAACAUAUCAAUGCUUAUCAUCAAUGCUACGUUCAUGUCCAGCAAGAAGACUUUGAACCUCUUCUCAAAGUUCCCCUCUGCAACUGGCUCAUAUGUUCAGAUCGAACCUUCCAGCUUUCUGCCUGCACAGAUUGGAUCGUCUCAUGAAAUCAACGUGGAGUCUACGUUCCAACUCGCUGAACUUCACUAUGUUGUCAGUGCCAGAGGUCAGGUGUUCACUGCGGGGACACAGGUGGCCUCUUCUUCUCUUUGGCUCACCCCCAUGGUGUCCUGGUUCCCAGAGGUCUGUGUGACCGUCUACUGUGUCCUCCCAGACGGGGAGGUGAUCAGCGACACGCUGCUCGUACCCAUCCAGCAGCCCAACCACGUGUCUCUAAAGUGGAACGAGGACCUCACAGGGCACAACCGAUCGGUUUCCUUCACUGUGACCGUACAGGACCCCAGGUCCCAGGUGCUCAUCCUGGUCACCACGGGAACCCCGGAAGCCCACCUCCCCCUGGAGGACUGGCUGACCAACAGGGACACGGAGUGCAACACUGUGGUGUUGAGCGAUGGCCAACUACUUGGAGCCGGGGCGGCAGUGGACAACUUGUACAAUUGCAACAACUCAACCCUACCUAUUGCUAAGGCUUGA